AUGGACCUCUUUGAACUGUCUGUUCCUCUUAUUGUUCUGUUCGCCUGGCGGGGGCUGCUCGCCUCAGCCUGCCCCGCCUCGUGCAAGUGCAGCCCCGAGCGGAUCUGGUGCAGCGAACCCGCGGCCGACCUCAAGUCUUUCCCCGCCUUGGGCAAGGGGGGCGAAGGGGAGAAAAUCACUGACAUUUAUAUUGCAAACCAGCGGAACUUAGAAAGCAUAAACGAAGUAGAUGUUGUAGGAUACAUUGGAUUAAGAAAUUUAACUGUUGUGGAUUCAGGUUUGAAGUUUGUUGCACGCCAAGCUUUCCAGAAAAAUACCAACCUGCAGUAUAUUAACUUCUCAAGAAAUAAGCUUUCAAGUUUGUUCCGAAAGACUUUCAGACAUCUGAAUCUGACUGAUCUGAUUUUAGAAGGCAAUCCAUUCAAGUGUUCCUGUGACAUUAUGUGGAUCAAGAUAUUCCAAGAGACCAGGAAUCCAAAAACAGAAGUUCAGGAUUUUUACUGUAUGAAUGACUACAACCAGAGAAUAUCUCUGAUGGAGAAGCCAAUUCCAAAUUGUGGCUUGCCUUCCGUUAAACUUAGCACACAUAAUCUCACUGUUUUUGAAGGAAGGAAUAUCACAUUAUACUGUGAUGUUACUGGAAGUCCAACACCAAGUAUAGCUUGGGUUUUCCGUAAUAUUGUUUCAAAAUAUGAGAAUCAUACAAAUAAGAACACUGCUUCUUUAACUAUAAAGAAUGUCUCAUCAAAUGACAGUGGUCUACAGAUUUCUUGUAUAGCAGAAAAUACUGUGGGCGAAGACCAAGAUUCUGUUGAUCUUUCGGUGUUCUUUCCACCAACUAUCACAUUUCUUGAAAAUCCAUAUUCGGACCAUCACUGGUGCAUCCCGUUCAGUGUGAGAGGAAAUCCACAACCUACCCUGACAUGGCUGCAUGACGGGGUUAAGUUGAACGAAUCAGCUUUUAUCUUCACUAGAAUCCAUGUUAGCAAUCAGACUGAACACCAUGGCUGCCUUCAGCUGGACAACCCCACCCAUGUGAACAAUGGAAAUUAUACAUUGGUAGCAGAGAAUCCAUAUGGAAGAGAUGAAGCCAAUGUUUCUGCUUAUUUCAUGGAUGAUCCUGGAGAGCACUACCUGGAAUGCUGGUUCCCAAACCCAGAUGAGGCAGAUCUCACAGGUAGUCCAUUCUAUGAUCAUCCCGGUUAUAGUGAAGAUUAUGGAACACCGUCAAAUGAUUUUGAAGAUACCACCAAUAAUAGUAAUCCAGUUACUUCUACGGAUGUUUCUAACAAAGAAAAUGAAGAUAGCAUCACUGUCUAUGUUGUAGUGGGGAUUGCAGCAUUAGUGUGCACUGGCUUAGUAAUUAUGCUUAUUAUUCUCAAGUUUGGAAGGCACUCCAAGUUUGGAAUGAAAGGUCCUUCUUCAGUUAUCAGUAAUGACGACGAUUCAGCAAGUCCUCUCCAUCAUAUCUCGAAUGGGAGCAACACUCCAUCUUCUUCUGAGGGCGGUCCUGAUGCUGUAAUUAUCGGAAUGACAAAAAUUCCUGUUAUUGAAAAUCCUCAGUAUUUUGGCAUCACAAACAGUCAACUCAAGCCUGACACAUUUGUCCAGCACAUCAAGAGACACAAUAUUGUUCUCAAAAGGGAACUGGGAGAAGGAGCCUUUGGAAAAGUCUUCUUGGCUGAAUGUUAUAAUCUGUGUCCUGAGCAGGACAAAAUUUUAGUUGCAGUGAAGACGCUAAAAGAUGCCAGUGAUAAUGCCCGCAAAGACUUCCAUCGAGAGGCAGAACUACUGACAAACUUGCAGCAUGACCACAUUGUGAAGUUUUAUGGAGUAUGUGUGGAAGGAGAUCCUCUCAUCAUGGUCUUCGAAUACAUGAAGCAUGGGGAUCUCAACAAAUUCCUAAGGGCACAUGGACCAGAUGCAGUUCUGAUGGCAGAAGGCAAUCUUCUAACUGAGCUCACCCAGUCACAGAUGUUGCAUAUUGCCCAGCAGAUUGCAGCUGGUAUGGUUUACUUGGCGUCACAACACUUUGUGCAUCGUGACCUUGCCACUCGGAAUUGCCUAGUUGGUGAAAACCUGCUGGUGAAAAUUGGAGAUUUUGGAAUGUCAAGGGAUGUGUAUAGCACAGAUUACUAUAGGGUUGGGGGACAUACUAUGUUACCCAUUCGUUGGAUGCCUCCUGAAAGUAUCAUGUACAGAAAAUUCACCACAGAAAGUGAUGUCUGGAGCCUUGGAGUUGUUCUAUGGGAAAUCUUUACAUAUGGCAAACAGCCAUGGUAUCAGCUCUCAAACAACGAGGUAAUCGAGUGCAUUACUCAAGGCCGUGUCCUGCAGCGACCUCGUACGUGCCCAAAGGAAGUCUAUGAUCUGAUGCUGGGGUGCUGGCAGCGGGAGCCUCAUAUGAGGCUCAACAUCAAAGAAAUACACUCCCUCCUUCAGAACUUGGCCAAGGCCUCUCCCGUCUACCUGGAUAUUCUAGGAUAGAAACUCCCGCAGCACAUCCUGUUAUGGAGUGUGUGAAUGAAUGUGUUCCAUUACCACUAAACUCCAUUAAAAUGUCUUCUUAACUCUUGACAGUAUUACGUACAAAGAAAUGGAGAAGCUUUCAAAGGGCAAGCUAUGUGCAUUUCUCCCUCUGUAGACAGAUUAUUGACUUUAUGACAUUACUGACAUGUAUUUCUUCUCUCCUUCAUUCUUUUUGUUCCUCUGUCCCCCCUUCCCCCGCUGCCAUCAGUUCCUAUUCAAUCAGGCUUCUGCAUUAUUAUAACUCUGCAUAGACAAAGGCCUUAACAACAUGAUCUGUUAUAUUGACACUCAGUUUUGCCCAUCACAACUAAUAAUGCCUUGUUGUAUUCAUGCCUUUGAUCUGGAUAAAAAAGGGAAAAACAUGACUCGAACUUUGUGACUUCUACUGUAUGGAUAUCUGGAGCUUCUGUGGAUUCACCUCUACUUCAUUUGCUUUGGCAUCAAGGUGGAAGACUAGCUUUGUUUAAGGGAUAUGGAGGGUGUUGGGAGGAGAGAGCUGAGAUCAAGCCAGAAGGAAAGAAAUUUGCAUGCUGAGUAAAUCACUCUUUGGAGAUACUAUAGGAUCAGAUGACUUCCAGUGUAUCAACAUAAUGUAAAAUUAUUAGAGGAAAGGGAAGGGUUUAAAAAGAUUCUCCUAGGAAACAUUCAUACAGGUGUAAAGGCCCUUCUCAGUGUGCUGCCAUUUCUACAUUGAUAGAUGUCUGUGUUGAAUAGUAAAAAAAAGUGUCACUGCGUUGCCCAAAAAUUGUGUAAUUCUGUGCUCAGCUAUGACUCUCCAGGCUUGUCCUACCCUGGGGAUUUCUGUUGCCAGUGGUUUUUCUGUUCUCCAGUUAGUCUUUGAUAAUCCAGGCAAGAGCUGGGGCCUAUUGAAGUACCAAAAAUUUAUAGGACCAUUUUCUAAAACAUGAGGUUUGGUUAGAUGGAAUGAGACAUAGAUGUGGAGGGAAGUUUAUUUUGACAGCAUGUUCCUACCUUUGUCCUCUUUCUAUGUUUACUUUUUACCCUUUCUCUGAUCCCAUCCCUUUGACCCCAUUGAAACCACCCACCCUGCAUGGUCCUUCUCAAAUAAUACCCAGGAAUUUGAGCUGAAAACUGUCUCUUUGUACAUUCAAAUAGGUAUAGCAAAUUAAUGAAGGAAAGCAUAUAUUUAGUUGUACGAAGGUUGUUAGCUGCAUUCAUCUAUACAGAUGGAAUAGGAUGGUAUAACACUGCUAAAGUGUUUACUACAGAUGUAUGAAGGAACAUGUCCUAGAAAUCUCUAGAGAAAAUAGCAUGGUUAUAAUUUGACAGAAUAUAAAGACCCAGAAUUCAAAACCAGUUUUUGAUUGAUUGAGAGGUUGUAUUCCUGCUAUUAUAUAUUUGUAUCCUUUGAUUUAAGGUUGACAGAUACAGUAUUGUGUACAUUCAGUGUGGCUGCAAGGCUGAACUUGGCAAGCUCAUCACAUACAAAUGGAGAAGGUGUAAGGAUAUACACGUCAGAUCAUUUUUAUUAUGAUCCCUUAGGAUAAGAGAAAAAGUAAAUCCACUUUAUUCCUCUGAGGAUGAAAGUGAAUUUGCUGCAAAAGGGGCGUAUUUUUAAAUAACAAAUGGGAUCAUAAACGCACUGCGUAUCAAUGUUUUGUUAUUGUUUUAUUUAAAAUUUUAAGCAAUUAUUUUUCUAAGUGAUCGCAUAAUAAUUUAAUAUAUUUUUAGUUUGCAUUUCUUAUUUAUUAAGACCCUUUCUCGCCUUUGGCAGUUUGGAAAGAUGUUGAUCUUUUAUUUUUCAAAAUCUAAAGUAAAAUAGAAAAUGUUAAAUAGUAGUGAAGUUGGACUUUCUUAUAUUAUUGACAGAAGUCAGUGAAUGAUACCUAUAAUAAUGUAACUCUAAAGCCAUAUAUAAAUAUAUACGUAUAAAUAUAUAUUAGUUCCUAAAUAAGAGUUGAGCAGGUUUUUUAAUGACUAAGGAUGAAUAAUAUCAAAUACAGUUUGAAAAUUAUUUCAGUGAUGGCUGAGAAGAACUAAUAUGAAAAGGAAAAAAUGCUGAACAUUCAGUCUUGCCCAUUUUCUUAUUUAUUGCUUUAAGUGUCUUUCUAGUUAGUUCAUUUCCAAUAUGAGAGAAAUAUGGGAAAUAAAACUUGAGAUGUCAGAGACCAAUAAAAGACACAUCCAUCAAAAUACAGUAGUAUGUUCUGCAAUCAUUUCUCAAAGACUUGAAUCGCUUCCACAAAACGCUUUGUUAGUGGUGCAAAGAGUGCAUUGGUUUAUGUAACAUGGAAUCAAAAUGGAGGUACUUCAACUGAAAGCACUUAAUACAAUAUCAGUAGUGUUUGGCUACAUGGCCAAGAUAAUUUAGUAUUCAUGAGUAAAUGCUAUUCAGGAUUAUUCUAUUCCAGUGUUAAUUAAUAGAUUCCUGUUUGUAAUUUCUAUCAGUGUUUCUUUGAGGGUCAGAGGGAGGCUUUAAUACAGGUUUCCUUACAUUACUUUUUCCUUGCAUGUUUAUAAUGAUAUCACUCUAUUAAAAAUAAACAGAACUAGUAAUUAAAGCUUCCCCUCCCCUGCUGAAAUGGAAAUAGAUACUGGGACAAUUUAGUGGCUGUAUAUCAUAAUCCCUCAGCCAUAAUCAACAAGAAACUGUAAAACAGACAGGGCCUACAAACAAAUGACCUCAGCUAAAAAGUACAGGAAUCUUAAGAAGCCUCAAGAGUACUUCGCCUUUCCACACUGGACAAACUGGUAUUGCACCUGCUUCUUACCAGGGUGGGUAUCAUCACAACUCAGGUCUGAAAAAAAUAUGGGAGAAAAAUAAUAAAAACGCUGGACUACAAAGAUUUGACAACCUCUGCUCUGUUCAUGAAAGAGAAAGAACCACAGGUUGGUAAUUCCAGAGAAAGGGAAGCAAACUUCAUUAAAAUGUACCAUUCUUUACAUCUCAGUACACAUUUUUUAAAAAUGAUUUGAUCUUGAAAAUAACCAUGUAUGCUGUAUGAUUGCUGAAAGAUUGUAUACCAAAACAAAUGCAAAAUGUCAUCAGAUGGUGUGUGGUUUUUUUUUCCUUACUGGAAAAACAUAAUAGAGUAAUUAAAAAUACUGUGUUAUAAUAUAGUGUGCAUUAGUAUAACUGUAUGUCCAUGUUAAAGGACCAAAUGUUCUAUACAGCCAGUGUUCUGUACAAUGUGGCUAAAAUGUGGCCUGUACUGCAAAUGUGGACCUUGGUGAAUGAAAAGCUGCUAUUGUUUUCGGAAAGGUGUUAACUAGCUAAUGCUUAAACAUUUGGAUGUGUUCAUUCAAGUGGCUAUAAGUAUGGGAAACUGAAAAGAAAAUCAAGAAAAAGAAAGAUAUUAUGAAGGAUAAAGAAAUAUAAAUAAUCUACUGUGUACAUAUUUGUUACGGGUAUAACUUCAGCUGACAUUCUACACUAAGCAAGUGUGACAAUCAGGCUUAUUAAUAAAAAGAGAAUCUUUCUUGACUAUGCUACAGUCACACACAUAUAUGUAAUACACAUUAUGUGUGUGCACAUGUGCAUUUACAUAAAUUGUGUAUAAAGCCACAGUAGAUAUCUAGCUGUAUAUGUGUUUUAUAAAUAUUUUAUUUAUACAUAUGCAGACAUGUGUGAUUGUGUGUAUAUGUAUAAAUGUUUGUACACUACACAUAUAUUCUUACUGUAUAGGGGACAAUGAGAUCAAUAGGUUGAUAUGGUAUGCUACGUAACCAAAAUUCAUUUACUUUCUAUUUUCCUUAGGUAUAUUUUAAUUUUUUUUACGUAUUGGAGUUUUGUAUUUAAGUUGCGUGAAGUUCUGCACAAUUGGAGAAAUCCUAAAAAUCUAAUUCUUUAUUGACGUGGCAAUCCUAUAUAGAUUUACCUGGGAGUAAGCUCCAUUGUAAAGUGAUGGGACUUACUUGCAAGUAGACAUGUAUAAAGUUGUGCUGUAAGUGCAUAAAAACAGCCUCAAUAACAUCAUCCUAUUUGCUGGCUUAUUUCAGAUUGGGUUUAAGAGUUUGCCUUGGGUCUAAGGGUUUGUUCACUAUAGCUGCUUGUAAAGCUAUACACAUUUACCUGGGAAUACAUACCAUUGCACCCAGUGGUACUUGUGACUAGUUAUAUAGUGGAUUGGUCUGUUUUUAGUCUCUUUUACAGUAAUUUUUAAAGAAAAUCAAAAUCCCUCAUCCCUUGCCAUUUCCCACUUGUUUUAUAUACUAUUUUCAAGAAUAAGCUUGAAAAUGCAAAUAUCACAUUGAGAUUACAUGAUACCGCAGAGAAAAGACCAUAUUAUUUGGGUUGAAAAUUGCAUCUUCAAUGAGAUCUAACUUUUCAUUGAGUCAUCUGAGGAGGUUCAGGCUUCUUGCCCAGAUCAUAGACUGUAGCCGUUCAUUUGGAGCAACUGAGGGGAAAAAAAUCCCCAAUUGAUUUUAAAGGCCCAACAAAAUUAUUCAACUCAUGAACUUGCCCAUAGCGGCAAGAAAGUAUAUGACAGCAUUCCGCUAAGUGUAGACUUCCUGUGCCCAAGCACAAGGAUAACAUAAUAUAUUUUCUUGGCACUUCCUUUUCUUAUUGACCCAUGCUUUUAAAGCAAUUUAUGUUUUUUUCCUGUUUUUUUGUUUGGUUCUCUCAAUUUAAAAAUUGUGUUCUAACUAAUUUUGAUUUUAUUGUUUUUAUGCUACGUUUUAAUUUUUAUGCUUCUUUUUGAGCCGUCCAGAAAAUUUGUUGUGGGGCAGCUGUAUAAAACAAUAAUGGAUAAAUAAAAAUACUGGAAGGGGAAAGCUGUUUCUUUUUGCAUAUUUUUGCAUAUUUCUAGUAUCUAGGAGUUGCUUUUUGACCAUUACAAGAGCAGACUUGAAACAACUGUUUGGGCUGGUAUAAGGAGCACUAUUGAAGCUUUUUCAUACCCUCAUCCCUAUCCAAUAUUCUCUCAUUUCACCUAGUUGUUGGGGCAGAGCAGUAGAUUUUGUGAAGUACCAGGAUCACAUAUUACAUGAGGAACCUAACUCUUUUUCUUAAAGGGCACUGUCUACUGAGAGUCUUAACUAUAAAUCAUCUGUCUUGGUAUCACCUACAGAUCACAAACUACAAUUCAGAAGUUACUUUAAUCAAGGUCUGCAGAAUGCAUAUCACCUCAGUGAUGGAACAGGUGGCAUGUUCAUUAAACGGGGAUGGAUACCUUAGCCCCAAAUUUUGGAGGUGGGGUCAAUUGCCCUCAAGUCAUAAGCCACUUAUAUAUGUUUAAUGAAUAUUACAAUGGAUGCAGUAUCAGAACAUUUUGAACUGUGUCAUCU